ACACACGCCUCGAAGCCUCGACACGGGAGGACGCAUCACUAGGAUCAAGUCCCGGAGCUGAGAGCGAUGCUCACCGAGCGGCUCACGGCUGCGGGGGAGCAGAUCCUCGCGGGGCUGGAGGAAACCUUGUUAGAGUCCGAGGAGCGAGUGGAGCGGACAGAGCGGUCCCAGCGGGAGGUCUGCCGCCAGAGGAGGCUGCUCGAUGCCGCGAUGCAGCCCGUAGUCCGGCUGCAUAGAGCAGUGUGUCAUGCAGACGUCCAGCAACUGAUGAUGAAUAAAGAAGAGGUUCCCCCUGAGCAGCAGCAGUGGAGCCCCCUUGUGGACCAGGAGGACCCAGAGCCCCCCCACAUUAAAGAGGAGCAGGAGGAACCGUGGCCCAUUCAGGAUGGACAGCAGCUUCAAGGACUGGAGGAGGCUGAUAUCAAGUUCACAUUGACUCCUGUCGCUGUGAAGAGUGAAGAAGAAGAAGAAGAGAAACUUCAAUCUUCAAAGCUUCAUCCGAGUGAGACGAAGGAGAACAGAGCGGACUGUGGAGGACCAGAACCAGCCAGGAACUCAGGUCCUGAUGGACGUUUACAACCAGGUCCUGAGGACAAGGCUGAAGACUCUUCUGAGACUGAAGUCAGUGAGGAUGAUUGGAUGGAGCCUCUAAGUGAUAUGGAUUGUAAAACAGAAAAAAAAACGUUUUGUUGCUCUGAGUGUGGUAAAAGAUUUAACCAAAGGGGCCAUCUAAAUAGACAUGAGAGGAGUCAUACAGGAGAGAAACCGUUUAGUUGCUCUGAGUGUGGUGAAAGAUUUAACCAAAGGGUCCAUCUAAAUAGACAUGAGAGGAGUCAUACAGGAGAGAAACCGUUUAGUUGCUCUGAGUGUGGUAAAAGAUUUAACCAAAGGGGUGAUCUAAAUAAACAUAUGAGGAGUCAUACAGGAGAGAAACCGUUUAGUUGCUCUGAGUGCAGUAGAAGAUUUAACCUAAGGGGCAAUCUAAAUACACAUAUGAGGAGUCAUACAGGAGAGAAACCGUUUAGUUGCUCUGAGUGUGGUAAAAGAUUUAGCCAUAGUUGCCAUCUAAAUAGACAUAAGAAGAGUCAUACAGGAGAGAAACCGUUUAGUUGCUCUGAGUGUGGUAAAAGAUUUCACCAGAGGGGUGAUCUAAAGAGACAUAAGAGGAUUCAUACAGGAGAGAAACCGUUUAGUUGCUCUGAGUGUGAUAAACGAUUUAGCCAUAGGUGCCAUCUAAAUACACAUAUGAGGAUUCAUAGAGGAGAGAAACCGUUUAGUUGCUCUGAUUGUGGUGAAAGAUUUAAACGAAGGUGCGAUCUCAAUAUACAUAUGAGGAUUCAUACAGGAGAGAAACCGUUUAGUUGCUCUGAGUGUGAUAAAAGAUUUAACAGAAGGGGCCAUCUAAAUACACAUAUGAAGAGUCAUACAGGAGAGAAACCGUUUAGUUGCUCCGAGUGUGGUAAACUAUUUAGCCUUAGGAGUAAUCUAAAUAGACAUGUGAGGAUUCAUAAAGGAAAGAAGUGAUUCAGUUUCAACCUUUGUAACAAAAGUUUUAUUUUUGAUUCAUCAGCAGAUAUUCAUAUUAUACAUAUUCCUAGUUCACUGUUUUAAAUAGACUAUUAACAGUUUCUAUGUCCCUAGAAAAUAAAACUCAUUGAAUAACACUAAAGAUUUGUGUUUAUAUAUCUUAAAUUCGCCUUACACACUUCUGUUUAAGGAUACCCAAAAUUAUAUAUAUAAUUAUAUUGAAAGCUAUUCUUGAACCAUUUGGAGUACAUGCAUGAUCUUGGUCUCUUUUGAAAGGUAACAUUCUGAACUUUAGAAUUUCAUUGGCUAAACGAUACGCCAGUCAUCAGAACAAUCGGUUGGAAUUGGCUCAGCCUUUACUCGUCAGAAGAGGGGCACGCUCUUUCCAACAACUAGGUGCCUCGUUGGGUAUUGCAGGCUGUGGACAGCCCAUGCCAGCUCCGAUUGGGUCAAGUUUAGAUUGACAGCUCACUUGUACCAAUAGGAUAUGUUUUGAGAUCUUUGUUUACAUGCACACAGAUUUACAAGUGAGAGUACCUCCCAGUUUACACGGAGGAGGUGGCUGCGCUGACAUUAUGCAACAGCUGACGGUGGCUAUUCUUUGAUGUAAUAGUGUGAUGUACCUAACUGUACGACGCAGUUCUGUAAAUAACAAUGUUUGACGCUGAUCUGUAAAGCAGCGCACCUGGAUGGCGCCCGCGGGGGGGGGGGGGGUUCAGGUUAACUAGUUCAUAUGAUUAAAUGUUUUUUUUUAAUAAUGGUUUCUUGGUUAGUGAGAUUCAGUGACAGUGUGUGUUCUCCUUUAUGUAUUGAAUGUGUUUCCAAGAAUAAAAGUCUAAUAAAAAGAUAAUGGCAUCUUC